AGGUCUGGCCGGGAGAUUCCUGGGGAGAUCGGUCGAUUUCUGUUAGAGGGGAUGAUAAAGCGGGUUGAGCAGGGAAUAUGGGAAUCUUUAAGCGAAUAAUUACCCCUGAUAAUUCUCCAAAAUGUGGUUAGUUACCACAUGCAAAAUAAUAUUUGACUGACAUUUAUUCUGAGUGCCAUAAAUGAAUUAAGAGGUGGGCGUGAUUCCAGUGACCCUAUAAUUUGACAGUUGUAAAGAGGGGAGAAAUUGGAACCAAAUUCAAGUUUAAAUAUAGAUGUUGUUGGUACGUGCAUCACGUAGAUUGUAAAGAAACACCUUCCUCAUUCCCACGUCACGCAUGCUAAUUCACUAGUGUUGGUGCUGUGAUAAAAAAUGUGUUUAAAUAUUUUUAUGUCUGCUAGCUUAUUUUGUAUGGAAUAUGUAAGCAGAAAUAUAUCAUGUUAUAGAAACUUGCACUAGUAUUUAUUGUUCACACUUAAGCAAAAUGAUUUCCAACGUGACAAGUCUGGAAUUCAGCCCUACAGCAGCAUCAUGGAACCACACAAUAGAUCUCAACAAUAUGAGAAUGGAUAGCAACUUCUUCUGGCAUCUUUGUUCUCUUGUGUCAGCUAUGGCAUGGGUUAUUUACAUCACGUAUUACAACUCACGAGUAAUGGGUUAUUUUGUUACAAGACUUCUUAAUCGUUUUGUCACUGAUGGAUAUUUACGUGUUGGUUCACUAACAUGUAAUGUAUUGUCAGGGAAGAUAAUGUUUCGUGACAUUGUUUAUAUCACUAAUGAUUAUAGUGUGCGAGUACAAGAUGGUUGGCUGAUUUUUCGGUGGUGGAGAUCCUAUGUUCCUAAAGAUGUUACUGAAGAUUUGUCCCAUUCAGACACAAGAUUAUCCUUGCUUCUUAAUGGUUUUGAAUUACAUAUUUAUAAUCGAUGUGCUGUGUAUGGUGAACUUGAACGUUUAUUUGGUUUAGACCCCCAACUUUUUCCAAAGGAUGAAGAUGAUAAUAGUUCAGAUCAAAGAAGAGAUUGCAAUAAUAGGGGAAGUGGAGAUCGAGAAAGUCUUUCAGCUACACGGCGAGAGCCAGGCAGAACCAUGCCACGACAAGCAGCUGCCCUUGGUCACAGUUGGAGAGAUCUAAUUCCAGUCAUAAAAAUUGAUGUUUGCACGGGCCGUGUUGUCUUUGGAAACCGACUGGUGCCUACAACAUUAUCUAUAAAUGUAGAGGAAGCCCAUUUUGUUUACUCAACUAAACCAUCAGCUUCUCGUCUUGAUCCAUUCAUGCAUUUUGUUAAAUGUAGAGCAGAAAAUUUUAAGGUCAUUCUUGCUCCUAGCUUGCAAUACACAGGAAUGUUGGAUGACCCUCCACGGUAUAUGGGGGAGGGCUUUGUUGUGCUGUCCUCAAAUAAUGUUGAACUUUAUUAUUAUAUGGAUGAGCCAGGUUUGGUGCCAGAAGAACCUGAGAUGUUACAGCUAGCUAAUGGAGAUAUAGUGGAAUCUGCUCCACCCAUUUGGGGAAUUGAUAUCAAGUGUGGAAAAGGCACAGACUUCAGCUAUGGACCCUGGGCAGAUAGACAACGGGAACACCUCUUCAAAUUCUUUUUUCCUAACAAUUACCAACCUUUGCAGGUCACUAAACCCCUUCAGCCUGGAGAAAAACGUCAAGCACAAUCAUUUGACAUCCGUUUGAGUACUCUCAAUGAAGCUACUAUUGAUAUUUUAUUCUCCAAAAAUAAGGAAACAAAUGCAGUGCAUAUUAAUAUCGGCCCUGGUUCUUAUCUGGAAGUUACAAUGCCUUGGGUUGUCACAUCUACUGGAUACACAACAAAAAUUACUGGACAGCUCCUUCACCUGGAAGCUACAACCAGCCUUCAG